UGCAAAAUUGUGCAUGGCCUUUACUCAUUUCUUCUGAUUCUCUUCAAAACUCAGAAUCGUGCUCCAUCACCAUCAUGAUGUGAGAUCCCUUAUUCACACACACUCCACGCAAAAUUCAUCUUCACAUCAACGCCGAUUGUUCGAUUAGGUUAUUGGCGGAAUUAGUGCAUAGCGGAUUGAACUUUUUCAUCUAUGUUUGGAGGACUUGCUGUUCCUGCUAAUAGUCCGCAUUUGAGGAAAUCUGGGAGCAGAGCUGUUGUCUCUGAUCUUGAUGAGCAUGAGGUGGAAAAUGGUGCUGAGGAGGGUUUCUUGUAUUCUGGGGAGGUGAACGAUUCCAAGGGUGGCGUGGCACCAAUUAGUGCCUCUGGGAUAAUGCCCUCGCCUAUUUUCCUGUGGAGAUUCAAGGUAUUCUUGUUCCUUGUUUGGGCGUUCAUCUGUUGCAAGAUUGGAUGGGAUUCUGUCAUGAGAAUGAGUGCUGACAAGCGGGAUCUGUUUCUAUAUGAGGCAUUUUUGUAUUUUAACCCGCUUCUUCUUGCGGCUUUAAUGGUUUGGCUUUGGGGAAUCAACUUAUGGUUUUUUGCUCAGGCUGGUGUCAAUUAUGCAAGAAUAUUUGAUCUUGAUCAAAAUUACCUUACUCACAGAGAAAUAUGGAAGUGUGCCACAUGGAUGACGAUUAUUGUUCCAACCAGUAUGACCGCAUAUAUUUAUCUUUAUUCUCAUGGAGAAGUUUCAUAUGCUGCCUCACAACCAGUGCUCCUAUAUGCUGGUGUUGUAUUGUUGUUGAUAUUCCCCUUUGAUAUCUUUUAUUUUUCAACUCGAUAUUACUUCUUAAGGACAUGCUGGCAUAUAGUUUUCCCAUUGCAGGCAAUAUCAUUCUCUGAUUUCUUCUUGGCUGAUAUUUUCACUUCCAUGGCAAAGGUUUUUUCUGAUCUGGAGCGUUCUGUAUGUAGGAUGGUACAUCGGCAGGUUGCCACAAUUGCUUGGUUGGAAGCUGAUUCUGUGUGUGGCAGUCACUCUGUUGCAAUCCCUUUAGUGCUUGUCUUGCCUUAUCUUUUCCGUCUAAACCAAUGUCUCCGUCAGUACAAAGAUACCGGGGAGAAAACUUGUCUUUUGAAUGCUUUAAAAUAUUCAACCGCAGUGCCAGUUAUCUUUCUCUCGGCCCUUAAAUAUCACGUCUUCCCUGAUAAGUGGACAAACUUUUAUAGGCCUCUCUGGCUUCUGUCAAGUGUUGUGAACUCAUCGUACUCUUUCUACUGGGAUGUGAAUAGAGAUUGGGACCUAAGUGGCCUCACUCGAAUAUUCAAGUUCAGCAAGCCACAUACACUCUCACAUCUAUUACAUGGAAGGAGAUGGGUUUACUUUUGGGUAAUUGGAAGCAACCUAGUCCUUCGUUGCACGUGGACAUACAAGCUUUCUGCACAUCUUCGCCAUAAUUACCUGACAGUGUUCACCAUUGCAGCCUUAGAAAUUUUCCGCCGCUUCCAGUGGGUCUUUUUCCGUGUCGAAAAUGAGUUGAGCAAGAUGAAUGCCAAAUCACACGUACAGGUCACAGACAUCUCAAACGAGGAAGAGAAAUUGCUUCAUUCCAACCACAAUGUAUAGGCUAGAGAGCAUUUUGAUGCUUUUGGUAGUAUCAUUUUCAAGGUAUAUUUUGUCGUUAGGGGAUCUCCAUUCCAUUUUGUUGUUUCAAUGGCCUCCCCACACUUACAAAAUGUCAUUCUUUAUUCGCAGAAGAAAAACAGUUUAUUCAAUUAUUAAAGUGUUCAUUAUUAGCAAAUUCUUUUUAUAACAAUUUCAUUAGGAUCCCUAGCAAGCAUGCCUUUGGGCUGAUGAAAAAAGAAAAAAAAAGGUCUGAGAUAUCAUAGAGUAAUGGGGCUACUCACUUUGCACGAUAUUCAACCCUUUACCUUUGAAAAAAGAUACUCUAGAGUGAACAGAUUGGUAACCGUAAAACCGUAAAAUAGAAACAAACCUUAAAACACGAUAAAAUUAUUAGCCCUUAUGGAUUGAAGGAUGGCUGCGUGGCUCAUCCUUUACCAGUUCUACCUAGUACCAACACUAGCACAUCAUGAUUAUGCCCCUGUUUUUUGGCCUUUGGCAACUAUUUCACCAUUGUGUACGAGCUGAAAGCAAUGCUGAUAUCUAAUUGCUUGAACUUUAAUGAAACCAGAGACCCUCAAUAGAGACCUAGUAUCUGAAUUGUUGGGAAGAUGGACCUCCAUUUAGUUGCACAUACGAAUCAAGCCAACCUAGUUGAUGUUGCCAGUCUGUAUAUUCUUAGGCAUGGCUUGUUUUUAUUCCUAAGACAAA